GUGAAAUGCCAGAGAGAGAGAGAGAGAGAGAGAGAGAGAGAGACAGAGAGAGAGAGAGUCAAUCAAGCCACUCGGAACGCGACAAAGGAGUCGAACAUUACCCAGACGGAAUCUGAAAUCAUUACAGAGAACUCUUUGUUCGUCUCGGUUAACCGACAUCUUGGCUCGAGAAGGUUGACAGGAGCAAAGAGGGCUCGUUCAGGAUGGACGAACAGUGGAUAUUUAGUCGGGUCAAGCUCUCAAUGGUGUUGUUCAUGGUGUUCUCCUCCUUGUUUUGUAGAAACCCAAGGUUAUGUUGGGGUCUGAAUGGUGAAGGUUUGGCUUUGUUGAGAUUCCGGGAGGGAAUUGAGGAAGACCCGUUCGGUGCAUUGUCGGGUUGGGAUGAUAGAGACUUGGAUCCUUGCUACUGGUUGGGUGUUGAGUGCUUUAAUGGAAAAGUAGUGACAUUAAACUUGAGUGAUCUUUGCCUAAGUGGGAGGCUGUCACCCGAAAUUAGGAAGCUGCCCUACUUAAAAUCUCUUAUUCUGCGCAACAAUUCUUUUUAUGGCAAUGUCCCUAGUGAGAUUGGAGAAUUGAAGGACUUGGAAUUGUUGGACUUGGGAUGUAAUAACUUCAGUGGAGAAUUCCCAUCUGAAUUUGCCAAUAAUCUCUCCUUGACUACCCUUUUACUUGACAACAAUGAGUUCCUUGGCUACUUGUCACCUGAACUUUAUGAGCUUAAGAUUCUUUCUGAAUUUCAGAUGAUUGAAAGCCAGCUAACUAAUGCUGGUUGUAGAGCAUCUUGCAGAAGCGGAUUCUUUUUCUGUUCUCAACCUGGAGAUAUUGCUCAUCAUAGGCAACUGCAGUUGGUGAAUGCCCCAAGUCCAUUCAGAGCUGCUAGCGAGGGGAGUCUUCAAGCAUCAAAAUCAGUUUCAAGCUCGCUCUCUCCAUUGUCACAAUCUUUUAAGUCGUCAUCAUCUGAAUCUCCAACUUCAGUAUUGAUUUCCCCAUCAAAUUCACCAGUGUCCUCUCCAUCAGCAUCUCCUUUGGAGUCUCCAUUAUCUGCUCCAGUAGCAUCUACUUCCAGCAUAUUUUUGAGUCCUUCACCUUCACCUGCAGUAGUAACAGCUCCAGCCUCAGUAGCUCCUGCAAAUGGAAUGUUUGCUGCCUCUCCACCACAAUCACAUGUGGAUCCUAUUCCUUCCCCUGCUUCAACUCCAAGCAAAGUAGCCAAGAGUUCAAAUUCAAGGCAUCAGCUGUUUCUGAUUAUGGCUGUUGCUUUGGGUAGUACUUUGCUCAUUUUAAUCUCUGUCAUUGGAAUUAUCUGUUUCAGAAGCAAUAAAGUGGUUACUGUCAAACCUUGGGCCACAGGUCUAAGUGGGCAGCUGCAGAAAGCAUUUGUAACAGGUGUCCCGAAGCUCAAGCGAGCAGAACUUGAAUCAGCUUGUGAAGAUUUCAGUAACAUAAUUGGAAGAUCCUCAGAUGGUACAAUUUAUAAAGGGACUUUAUCUAGUGGGGUUGAGAUAGCUGUAACAUCUGCUACAGUCAAAUCUCGAGCCUACUGGUCAAAGAAUUUGGGAGCACAAUUCAGACUGAAGAUUGAUACACUAUCGAGAAUGAAUCAUAAGAACUUUGUGAACCUUAUUGGCUAUUGUGAAGAAAAUGAGCCUUUCACAAGAAUGAUGGUUUUUGAGUAUGCUCCCAAUGGAACACUUUUUGAGCAUUUGCAUAUACAAGAAGCAGAGCACUUGGAUUGGGGAAUGCGACUACGAAUUGCAAUGGGCAUGGCAUACUGCCUUGAGUAUAUGCACCAGCUGACUCCACCUAUUACCCACAGGAACCUGCAAUCUUCCUCUGUAUAUCUGACUGAAGAUUAUGCAGCCAAGAUAUCAGACUUCAGCUUUUGGAAUGACAAAGCUGUGGCAAAGACAGGGUCUAACAUGGAGCUUUUAGAAUCUCCAACAGCAGAUCCUGCAAGAAAUGUUUACAGCUUUGGGGUUAUUUUGUUUGAAAUUAUAACAGGUAGGAUCCCAUAUUCAGUAGACAAUGGAUCUCAUGCAGACUGGGCAUCAGACUAUUUGAAAAUGGAGCAGCCCUUGCAAGAAAUAGUGGAUCCAACUCUAAAAUUUUAUGAAGAGGACGCGCUAGACAGGUUGCUCAAAGUGAUUAAAGAUUGUGUCCAUCCUGAUACAAACGAGCGACCAACAAUGAUUGAGAUUGCAUCUAAGCUGAAAGAGAUCACAGCAGUGGGACCUGAUGGAGCAAUACCAAAGUUAUCUCCACUUUGGUGGGCAGAACUUGAAAUUCUGUCUACAGACAGUAGCUGAGGGCUCAGUUUAUCCUUCAGUGGAGUUAGAAUUUUACUUCUUUGUCUUCUCUAUUUUUCUCCUGUUUCUCUUAUCGGGAAACAGUGGUAUCUAGGGCAGAUACUGCUUGUAUCUAAUACAAGGCACACAGCUGUUUUUGUAUAUAACUGAGGAUGAAAAACCCAGUGGCUCUUGUUCUUCGCUUCUUUUUUAUUUGCUCUUUGUUAAAUUCUUUAUUUCAUCUUCUAAUGUUGUCCUGGCUUUCCCCUCAAGUUUUGGUUCCUUUUGAUCAUGUAAAUUUCUGUAUAUGGAUCAUACUUGCUAGAGAAUAAAUAUAUACUUCUUU